AUGUCUGUACUAUCACAAGAUACUCAAUCCAAGCUUCGAGAUAUCAUCGAUGAGUACACAACUGGGGGCACAGAGAGCAAGAUCCCGGGCCUCGUCUACUCCGCGUUCAGAAAUGAUGGCGAGCCAAUCUUUCAGCAUUGCUCCGGCCUAAGAGGAGUCAGUUCUGGAAGCCCCAUGUCAGAAAAGACUAUCUUCUUCAUGGCAUCUUUCACAAAACUGGCGACAUCAGUCACGUGCAUGCAACUCGUCGAGCAAGGGAAGUUGCGCUUAGAUGAUGCAGAUCAAAUCGAAGCCAUCUGCCCUGAGUUACGGGACGUCAAGGUGUUAACUCGGAACGAGAACGGCAAACUUGACCUCGUUGAGAAAGUCAGGAGAAUUACUCUUCGAAUGCUUCUCACUCACACGGCUGGUUUCGGCUAUGCUUUUGAGGAUGAGAAGCUUGCAGAGUUCAGUCGCCCCAUUGGCUUUGAUGACUUUUCCGGGGAAGCAAUUGACACAGCAAAUCGACCUCUGGUGAAUCAGCCUGGUGAGACGUUUCAGUAUGGCGUCUCGAUGGACUGGGUUGGCGUGAUAAUCGAACGCACGUACAACAAGUCACUGGAGGAAGUCUUCAAAGAUCACAUAUUCAGACCACUAGGCAUGGGCCAUGUAACUUUCCAUCCAUCGGCGGAAGAUAAGUUGAACUUGGCGUAUAUGCAUCGCAGAAGCCCAAGUGGCAAGUUGAGUACUACAGAUCACUUUUAUCGACGUCCGCUACUUGUUCGGGAUGGAGAAAAGGUUCCGUGUGCUGGGGGUCAUGGAUGCUUUGGAAGACCAGCAGAGUUUGGACGAAUUAUUUCACUUCUUCUGAACGACGGAUUGGAUGCAAAAUCAGGAGUUCGGCUACUUAAAGCUGAGACCGUCGAUGAUAUGUUCACCGAUCAAAUUCCCGAUAAACCACGCUUCAGCAACGUUAGCGUCCCCGUUGCCAAACCAGAGCUAGCAAACCCAACUCCCUUAACGCCAAUGCCAGAUGAUCACACCGAGGGCUGGGGUUUGUCAUUUUCUAUCAAUCACUUCCCAGAGUCAACGGGUCGCGCGGCUGGUUCAGCGUCGUGGGAAGGCUUAGCCAAUCUCUUCUGGUUCGCUGAUCGCAAGAACAAUAUCGGCGGUAUUAUUGCCAGCCAAAUUCUUCCCUAUGGUGGUGAGUCGGUUAAAUAA